AUGCUACAUCCUUUGCAGUCUGUUCUUUUGAACUCAGAUGCUUCCUUAUUAUUCUGUGUAAUUAAGAAUGAAAUCAAAGCAUUUAAACGGACCAACGAAGGUUAUGUGCUAUGUGGCGAGUGGAUAGACGACCUAGAUAAGACACCUUUGAUUAAAGAAAAGGUUUUGAAGGAACAAGUUAGACAACUGUCAGAAAAUGCCUCCAAGAAAUUGAAGACGAAUGAAGGAGAAUCCGUUACGCAACAACAUGUUGUUGCCGUUACGCAGCCAAAAAAGGAAGCCAAGGUACCCAAGCCGGGUCCAGGAGCGCCACCAAUAUAUCACUAUAUCAGGAACUUGGGCCUAUCCAGAAAUGAAAAAUUGUUGAUUGGAUGCACUGAUUCAGACAAGGCAGCCGUCAUAUUCAAAAUCGAUUUAGAAGAUGACAAGAAUAUCUUAAAGUUAAUCAAACGUCAACCUUACCCAAAGAGGCCAAAUGCUAUAACUACCUCUAUGGAUGACUCAGACCUUAUCCUAGCGGAUAAAUUUGGAGAUAUUUACUCUAUGCCAAUUGCGGAGGAAGUACUAAGCUCUAUAAAUGAUGAAAAAGCACCUAUUCUAGGCCAUGUUUCUAUGCUUACAGAUGUAAACAUGGUGAAGGAUUCCGAAGGGAAACAAUACAUAAUUACUGCAGACAGAGAUGAGCAUAUCAGAAUCUCUCAUUAUCCACAAAGUUAUAUUGUCGAUAAAUGGUUAUUUGGUCAUGAAGAGUUUGUGUCCUCCAUUUGCAUACCAACGUGGAAUGAUAGGCUACUCUUCAGUGCUGGUGGUGACCAUUUUGUUUUCUCGUGGGACUGGAAGUCAGGUAAGUUAUUACACAAGUUUGAUUACUCGGAGCUCAUCAAGAAUUACUUGACAAAUGACCAUUUGGCACCAGAAAGAUUCCAAAACGAAAAAGGAGAUGUUAUCGAAUACAGUGUACUAAAAAUUGUGAGCAUAAAAGAUGUACCAUUAAUUGUAUUCCUAGUUGAAGCUACCAAGGUCCUCUUCGUACUGAAGGUGGAUACUGAAACUGGUGUACUUUCUUUGCAUCAAUCUUUGGAAUUCGAAAAUAACAUUAUAAGUAUCACAAGUGCUCCUGAUUCCAAGACAUUGGGUGUCUCACUAGAUAACAGAGAUAAUCAGGAUGCAGACAUUAUCAAACUACUUUUCUUGGAGAACGAAACAUUUGUUGAACAGAAAAAUGUUAAUAAAAACUUAUCUGAUUCAAUCAAACUGGCAUUAGAAUCAGACAAGAUAGCUAAUGUAGAAAGGGAAGACGUUUACCCGUUAUACCACAAUGCCUCGUUAAGAAAGCACGGAGAGCAUUUCUCAUAG